AUGGAAGAUGAAAUUGAAUCAGUCCUGCAGGAGCGGAUAAUGGUUUUGGAUGGUGGCAUGGGGACCAUGAUCCAGCAACGUGCCCUGUCAGAAGAGGAUUUCCGAGGGUGUGAAUUUAAAGAUCAUUCCAGGCCUUUGAAAGGCAAUAAUGACCUUCUCAGUAUAACUCAGCCUGAUAUAAUCUGUGACAUACACAAGGAAUACUUGCUGUCGGGCGCUGACAUCAUUGAAACUAACACUUUCAGCAGCACCCGUGUUGCACAAGCUGACUAUGGCCUUGAGCAUUUGGCAUAUCGGUUAAACAGAGUCUCUGCACAGGUGGCCAGAAAAGCAGCAGAUGAUGUAACUGCUCAGACAGGAAUUAGGAGAUAUGUUGCUGGAGCCAUGGGUCCAACAAACAGAACACUCUCUGUGUCACCAUCUGUGGAGAGACCGGAUUACAGGAACAUAACUUUUGAUGAACUGGUUGAAGCCUAUAAGGAACAAGCCAAAGGACUUUUGGAUGGAGGAGUUGAUAUCUUGUUAGUGGAAACAAUAUUUGAUACAGCCAAUGCCAAGGCAGCUCUUUUUGCACUCCAGACUUUGUUUGAGGAAGAGUAUGCUCCUCGACCCAUAUUUGUUUCUGGAACCAUUGUGGAUAAGAGUGGGCGCACCCUCUCAGGCCAGACAGCAGAAGCGUUUGUCAUUAGUGUUUCCCACAGUAAGCCACUUUGUAUUGGCUUAAAUUGUGCUUUAGGGGCAGUUGAAAUGCGACCCUUCAUUGAGGCAAUUGGAAGCUGUACAACAGCCUACAUCAUCUGUUACCCCAAUGCAGGUCUUCCCAAUACUUUUGGUGGUUAUGAUGAAACUCCAGAAGUGACUGCCAAGCAUAUAAAGAACUUUGCUUUGGAUGGCUUGGUCAACAUAGUUGGAGGAUGCUGUGGUACUACACCAGCACAUAUCAGGAAAAUUGCCGAAGCUGUGAAAUUCUGUAAACCUCGCGUUCCACCUUCUCCCUCUCAAGGAUACAUGCUGCUGUCAGGUCUGGAGCCAUUCAGGAUUGGGCCAUACACCAACUUUGUUAACAUUGGCGAACGCUGCAAUGUGGCAGGAUCAAGGAAGUUUGCGAAACUCAUCAUGGCAGGCAACUAUGAAGAAGCCCUGAGUGUAGCCAAAUUGCAAGUUGAGAUGGGGGCCCAGGUUCUUGACAUCAAUAUGGAUGAUGGGAUGCUGGAUGGCCCUGCUGCAAUGACCAGAUUUUGUAACUUGAUUUCUUCUGAACCUGAUAUUGCAAAGGUGCCAUUGUGCAUCGAUUCCUCAAAUUUUUCAGUGAUUGAAGCAGGUUUGAAAUGUUGCCAAGGGAAGUGCAUUGUCAACAGCAUCAGUUUGAAGGAAGGUGAGGAAGACUUUUUGGAGAAAGCAAGAAAAAUUAAGUUGUAUGGAGCAGCUGUGGUUGUCAUGGCUUUUGAUGAAGUGGGGCAGGCAACAGAAACAGAAACCAAGAUUGCAAUCUGUUCCAGAGCUUAUCACCUCCUUGUGGAAAAAGUGCGCUUCAAUCCAAAUGAUAUAAUAUUUGACCCCAAUAUUUUGACCAUAGGAACUGGAAUGGAAGAACAUAACCUGUAUGCCAUGAAUUUUAUCAGUGCUACUAAAACCAUAAAAGAAACACUACCAGGAGCCAGGAUCAGUGGAGGUCUUUCCAAUCUGUCUUUCUCCUUUCGAGGAAUGGAUGCCAUUCGAGAAGCAAUGCAUGGGGUGUUCCUUUACCACGCAAUUAAGUAUGGCAUGGACAUGGGAAUUGUGAAUGCUGGGAACCUGCCAGUGUAUGAUGAUAUCCACAAGGAACUGCUACAGCUGUGUGAGAAUCUCAUCUGGAACAAAGAUCCUGAUGCAACAGAGAAACUUUUACUUUAUGCUCAGAAUCAUGCCCAAGGAGGAAAAAAAGUUGUGCAGACUGAUGAGUGGCGGAAAAGCUCCGUGGAGGAGAGGCUGGAAUAUGCCCUUAUAAAGGGCGUGGAGAAGUAUGUCACUGCGGAUACAGAAGAAGCAAGAUUAAAUCGGGAAAAAUAUCCUAGACCUUUAAAUGUAAUUGAAGGGCCUUUGAUGAAUGGCAUGAAAAUUGUUGGUGAUCUUUUUGGUGCUGGAAAGAUGUUUCUGCCUCAGGUGAUAAAGUCUGCUCGAGUUAUGAAGAAAGCAGUUGGCCACCUUAUCCCCUAUAUGGAAAAAGAAAGAGAGGAAAGGAGAGCCCAACAAGGCAGCACAGAGGAAGAGGACCCAUAUCACGGUACAAUAGUGCUAGCAACCGUGAAGGGAGAUGUGCACGAUAUUGGCAAGAACAUUGUGGGAGUCGUUCUGGGCUGCAACAACUUCCGAGUUAUUGAUUUAGGAGUCAUGACUCCAUGUGAUAAGAUAUUGAGAGCUGCUGUUGAGAACAAAGCAGAUAUAAUUGGCCUGUCUGGUCUCAUCACACCUUCUUUGGAUGAAAUGAUUUUUGUCGCCAAGGAAAUGGAGAGAUUGGCAAUAAAGAUUCCUUUGCUGAUUGGAGGAGCAACUACCUCGAAAACACAUACAGCUGUUAAAAUUGCCCCACGAUAUAGCGCACCUGUAAUUCAUGUCCUGGAUGCAUCCAAGAGUGUUGUGGUUUGCUCCCAGCUCUUAGAUGAAAGUGUAAAGGAUGAUUUCUUCGAAGAAAUAUUAGAGGAGUAUGAAGAAAUUAGACAGGAACACUAUGAGUCUCUCAAGGAAAGAAGAUACUUGUCUCUACAGCAAGCCAGAAGAAAAGGUUUCCAUAAUGACUGGUUAUCAGGCCUUAAACCAGUUAAACCGAAAUUCAUUGGCACAAAAGUCUUUGAAGAUUAUGACCUGAAGAAGCUGGUAGAAUACAUUGACUGGAAGCCUUUCUUUGAUAUCUGGCAACUUAGGGGAAAGUACCCCAACCGGGGUUUUCCUAAGGUCUUUAAUGAUAAAACUGUAGGUGAAGAAGCAAAGAGAGUUUAUAAUGAUGCUCAAAAUCUACUGAAGACAUUGAUUAAUCAAAAGAAAUUACAAGCCAGAGGUGUAGUUGGGUUCUGGCCAGCUCGAAGUGUUCAAGAUGAUAUCCACUUAUAUGCUGCAGAAGAGGCUGUGGGAUCUUCAGAGCCAAUAGCAAAAUUUUAUGGCUUGAGGCAACAGGCUGAAAAGGACUCUGCCUGCACAGAUCCAUAUUACUGCCUCUCUGAUUUCAUAGCACCACUGGAUUCUGGCAUUUGUGACUACUUAGGCCUGUUUGCUGUGGCCUGCUUUGGUGUAGAUGAGUUAUGCAAUGAAUUUAGGGAACAGGAUGAUGAAUACAACAUUAUAAUGGUCAAGGCUCUUGGCGAUCGGUUGGCAGAGGCAUUUGCUGAGGAGCUCCACGAAAGGGUUCGAAGGGAGUACUGGGCUUACGCUAGUUCUGAGCAGCUGGAUCUGUCUGACCUGCGCAGGAUUAAAUACGAGGGGAUCCGCCCUGCCCCUGGCUACCCCAGCCAGCCUGACCACACAGAAAAACUCACCAUGUGGAAACUUGCAAACAUUGAAGAAACAACAGGAAUUUGUUUAACUGAAUCACUAGCAAUGAUACCUGCUUCUGCAGUUUCUGGCCUCUACUUUUCUAAUCCCAAAUCCAAAUACUUUGCUGUGGGCAAAAUAUGUAAAGAUCAGGUUGAAGAUUAUGCAUUGAGAAAAAAAUUGUCUGUGGCAGAGGUGGAGAAAUGGCUGGGACCCAUUUUGGGAUAUGAUACUGAAUAA